AUGGACGAAGAAUAAAAAAAUAACCAGACUUAAAAGCCAAUAUAAAAGUCAAUUUAAUAUGACCCGCGACCCAAAACUACUGAUGUAACAGCCACAAAAGGUACAGACUUUGAAGACUACGGUUUAAAAGAAUAAUUAUUAAUGGGAAUAGUAGAAAAAGGUUAUGACAAACCCUCUCCUAUAUAGGAAGAAACCAUCCCAAUAUCUCUUACAGGUGCAAAUAUAAUCGCCAGAGCGAAAAACGGAACAGGGAAGACUGCAGCAUUUGUAAUUCCAAUCUUAGAAUAAAUAGAUAACCAAAAAAAUCAUAUAUAAGCAUUAAUAUUAGUUCCUACAAGAGAAUUAGCCUUAUAAGUAAGUUCUAUAGUAAAAGAACUUGGAAAAUAUUUAUAAAUAAAUUGUAUGGUAUCGACCGGUGGUACUUAAUUCAAAGAGGAUGUUUUACGUUUAUAAAAUAUGUAAUGUAGAGUACAUGUUAUUGUUGCAACACCAGGAAGAGUAUUAGAUUUGGCAAAAAAAAACAUAGCAGAUUUUAGUAAAUGUGGUAUUUUAACAUUAGAUGAGGCUGAUAAGUUACUUUCUGUUGAUUUUAUGCCUAUAAUAGAAGAAAUAUUAGAUUUUUUUCCCAAAGAAAGACAAAUAAUGUUAUUUUCAGCCACUUUUCCAAUUUCUGUGAAAGCAUUUAAGGACAAGCAUAUGCCAGAUUGUAAAUCUGUCAAUUUAAUGGAUGAACUUACAUUAAAAGGGGUUACUUAAUACUAUGCUUAUUUAGAAGAGAAACAAAAGGUAUAAUGUUUAAAUCAUUUAUCGGCAAAACUAUAGAUUAAUUAAGCAAUAAUAUUUUGUAAUUCAACCAAAAGAGUUCAACUUUUGGCAAAAAAAAUUACCGAAUAAGGAUAUUCGUGUUUCUAUAUUCAUGCAAAGAUGGAAUAAAGUGAAAGAAAUAAGGUUUUUCAUAAUUUUAGAAAAGGAGAAGGUAGAUUUUUAGUUAGUUCAGAUUUAUUUACUAGAGGAAUUGAUGUUUAAAGUGUAAAUGUAGUUAUUAACUUUGAUUUUCCGAAAAAUUCGGAAACUUAUUUACAUAGAAUUGGAAGAUCAGGUAGAUAUGGGCAUUUGGGAUUAGCAAUUAAUUUUAUUACUGAUGAUGAUAAAGAUAAUUUGAUAAAAGUUGAAAAUGAAUUGGAUGUUUAAAUGCUUCCUAUGCCUAAGGAAGUAGAUAAAAAUUUAUAUUGA